UGUUGUAGAUCGACGACUUGAAAAACUUGAUCUGGUUAUAGAGCAGUAGAUUAUAGGCCUAUAUAUUUAACUCGAAUCACUUGGUCAAAACCAGAGUUUAGCAAGAGUCGUGACGAGUAAAAUACUCAACUUUCUAUACGACAACAAGGUCAGAAUUGUAUGCGAGUCGUUUGACUUUAACGAAAAGAAAAGUUUAUUUUCUUUUGUCACAUAAUGACGACAUAUUAUUAACCAGGAAAUACCUGCACUGCACACAACCUGAACUCACGGAAUUUUUGAAUGAAGGUAUUAAGAAGAGGAGAACAAUGGCGGAAUCUUCACCAAAAUCACCACAGGCCAGGAGAAAUAGUCUGGAUAGACCUCCAAUAAGCCUGACAUCCUCUAGUAGUUCACUCUCAGAGGAGCUGCAGUGCUCAAUCUGUCUGGAUGUGUUUACUGAUCCAGUCACCACUCCAUGUGGACACAACUUCUGUAAAUGCUGUUUGAAACUGUGCUGGGACAUGAGUCAAGAUUAUCUCUGCCCACUCUGUAAAGAAACAUUUAAUAAAAGGCCUGAUUUCAAAAUUAACACAGCCUUUACACAAAUUGUGCAGCUCUUUAAGGAAAUGUCUGCUCAGACAAAAUCGGAGGUUCUGUGUGACAUGUGUGAGGAUAAAAAGAUUAAAGCCCUGAAGUCCUGCCUGGUGUGUCAGAUCUCUUACUGUGAAACUCACCUGGAGCCUCAUAAGAGAAUCCCAAAUUUAAAGAAACACAAACUAAUCGAUCCUGUGAAGAAGCCUGAGGACUAUAUAUGCCAGAAACAUGAGAAACCUCUGGAGAUGUUCUGUAGAGAUGAUCAGACUUAUGUGUGUUUACUGUGUGCUGUGACAGAUCACAAGACUCACAACACUGUUGCUCUAGAGGAAGAAAGUGAAGAGAGGAAGCCUCACCUGAUGAAGAUGCAGACAGAUGUACGGCAGAUGAUCCAGGACAGAAUAAAGAGAAUUCAAGACAUUAAACACUUAGCAGAAAUGGGAAAUAAAAGCUCAGGGAAAGAGAAAGCAGACAGUGUUCAGCUCUUCACUGCUCUGAUCAGAUUUGUAGAAAGAUGUCAGGCUGAGCUGAUAGAGAUGAUGGAGCAGAAGCAGAAAGCAGCAGAGAAACAUGAGGAAGAUCUCAUUGAAGGUCUGGAGCAGGAGAUCAUUGAGCUGAAGUGGAGAGACAGUGAGCUGGAGAACCUUUUACGUACUACAGAUCAUCUUCACCUCCUGCAGAUUUAUCCAUCACUGUGUGGCCCAAUAUAUACCAACAACUGGCCUGAAAUCAGUGUUCCCGACACCAAGCUGAGUGUAGAACCUCUGGUGAGAGCUCUGACUAAACUACAGAAGACUCUAGACGAGAAGCUCACUGAAACUGUGCUAAAGACAGUGAAGCAUUAUGCAGUUGAUGUGAAUCUGGAUCCUGACACAGCUUUUCCAAAUCUCAUCCUGUCUGAUGAUGGAAAAGAAGUAAGAUGGGGAAACAUCAAACAGAACCUUCCGGACAACCCAGAGAGGUUUGACUACUGUAGCUGUGUGCUAGCAAAAGAGGGAUUCUCCUCAGGAAGAUUUUAUUUUGAGGUGCAGGUAAAAGAAAAGAAUAAUUGGGAUCUAGGAGUGGUCAGAGAAUCCAUUUGCAGAAAGGGAGCGGUCAUACUGGCUCCUCAGAAUGGAUACUGGACGGUCGUUCUAAGAAAUGGAAAGCAGUAUAAGGCUUAUGAGUCUCCCUCUCUUUCUCUUUCUCUGAGAGUGAAGCCGCAGGUUGUUGGGGUGUUUGUGGAUUACAAGGAGGGUCUGGUCUCCUUCUAUGAUGUGGAAUCCAGGUCUCAUAUCUAUUCUUUUACUGGUCAGUGUUUCACUGAAAAACUUUAUCCUUACUUUAGCCCUGAUAAUGAUAGAGUUGGUGAAAAUGCAGCCCCACUGAUCAUCUCACAAAGUAAAGUAGUGAAGUGAGACACAUAAUCAAUCAUAGAAAAGCCAUAUGAUUUUCACCUGUUUAAAAACGUGAUACUUUCCAAUGUAAAAUACCCACAGGUGAAAUCAUAUGUGAAAACCAUGUGAAAUUUAUGUGGAUUUAUAUCAUUAUCUGUAUAUUCUUUUAUUACUUAAUAUAUAAGCAACAAGUUAAUCCAUUCUGGAUGGAUGAUGACAGUGUUUUGGUAAACUAUGUGUUAAUGGUAAACACGGACAGACAUUACAUUUUAAUGCUGGAAGUAAUUCAACGUAUCCAUCAUAAAAGUAUCAUUCUUAAGCCAAACCUCAAAGUUCAGUCUAAAAUUUAGAAUUCAGGCAGGCAGAACUCUACCUCUCUUGAGGUGGACUGGCUGUCUAUUACUGUAAACCCUGAUAAGUUAAGAUAACUCAAAACAUUUGUGGAAACUUAUUACCACAAAACUUUUGAGUUGAUAACUCAAUUCUUUUGAGUAAAGAACACUAAACACAUAAGUAUAGUAAACUCAAAAGAAUUAAUUUUGAAUAAACUUAUUUUACAUUUACUUGAGUUUCACUUAACUAUGUUGUCAUGAAGGAACAACAGCCAAUUACAGUUGUAGUAUUACCAAUGUAAUGCCUUCAGAUCAAAAUCUUGUUGUUUUCUGUUUUCCUCGUAAGCAAAUGCUCUACUCGUCUGCACAAUGGCAACCUCAUUAAAAUCACUAAUGUCACAAAACUCUUUAAAUAACAGAAUAGAACAUAAUACUAAACAUAUUUAAGCCUCCUCCCAUUGUAAUUUUGAUAUAAAUACAUAAAAUAACACUUUAUUUCGAGAUUUACUUCCAUUUUUCAGUCCACACAAAGCAUGCUGGGAAUAGCUCUGACGUCACUGGAAGAUAUAAUUACAAUUUUUGAGUUAAGUGACUUCUUAUUCUUGUGUCCCUGGAACUCAAAAUAUCAAAAUAGUUAAACGCACUUAAAAGUUGUAAGAUAAAUGAACUUUUUCACAGUUUUGAGUACAGUUUGCUUAUUUUUAAUGAGUAGAUUAUACUGUUCGGGAAUACAGUGGGGUUUACCCAGCCUGUGGCCAAAGAUGGGGGGAUAGGCUACAGCACAAUACCCCCCCCCGCGCCACCCCCCUCCGAACAACUUGCAGAGGACGAGCAGGUUUGGAGAAUGGAUGGAACUUUAGCAAUUUGUGUUCAGCUUGUCUAUAAUUAAAAGUAGAAAUUAAUGUCCUACUGAAUGCUUCAAUAAAAGUUAAAUUGUAAUAAG